AUGGCAUAUGGUGUGGAUAAUGCAAUCUGUAUCUGUUGCUUUGUUACACCAAAAUAUCAACAGUCACAGUAUUGUGAAAAAGAAUUAUCCUACGCUGACAGUUGUAAAGUACCAAUUAUACCAUGUUAUAUGGCAGAAAAAGAAUGGAAGCCGACUAGUUGGCUUGGCAUCAUAGUUCAUGAUUUACCUCGUGUAAAUUUUCGUGAUGCUAAUAAAACAAAUAUAUCGGAAAAGUUCGAGGAGUUACUCAAAAAGAUUGAAUCAGUGGUGCCUCAAAAUGAUUUAGAAGCUGCUAUGGAUCUAGAAGAUAGUCAUCAUGGUGAUGAAAUUCUUGAUUCUACUAUAGAAAAACAUGAUCUUAAUGGAGCAUUUUCAAGAACUUUUUCAAGUUCAUCAAAAAUAACAGCAAUGAAACGAAAAACAACAUAA